AUGCGAAAUCGUCAAGGUCUACAGCUGGCUGAUGAUGAUGACACCGGCUUCAGUACUACAGCUGUAGACACCGUGGAUUCAUCCUCAUUGCUGGACGAGGACGACCCUGCAGCAAUCAAUGAUGAUGACGUUUCCAGCCCCGUCGUGUCCUGCUGCUUACCGAAUGCAAUGGAUUUGAGACUGCCGCAUAGCGAAAUCUUCAAGGUCUUGAUGGACGGAGGAAGGUUGUUUUUACUUGAGUACCAGUGUGUUUAUUGUGUACCUGGAACGGAGAGUUUUCAGCCACUAAGAGCCGUUGAUUUGUUGGUACUAGAGGCAUUACAACCUCCGCUCAAAAUGCCGCAAAUAGUUCGAAAAGGCAAGUUCUCUUUUCCGUCCCCCACUCUCAUCUUUGCGUACUGGGAACUACCCUCGGAAAGUAGCCAACCUGCUCAUGACAAGUUCAGACGCCCCCAAUGCUGUGAGCAACUGAUCAUGAUUUUGGAAUGCACCCCACGUGACAGGGGCGAGUUGGUAUCAGCGGGGGGCCAUCAACCUGACAAGACACCCAGUAGUGGAAGCCCUCGCACUCCUCCGGGCUUGUUGGACAAGCCGGUCCUACCACGUAGUGGUGGUCAGCCCUCGAAGAGAGUCCAUAGGGAAUAUUCUGUUAACAGUCCUCACAGUAGCAUAAUGAGCAGCACUGAUGAGUCAUCGUACAACGACACUUCCAGUGAUGGACCGAGCACUGUGAUCUUGGCGAAGGCAGCAGUCGUGCUGCGGAGGUUGAAAGAUAAGUGUACCUCGGUAGAAGCUUUAGGCAUGUACAUAUGGACCUGUUCCCACCAAUCUGCAAGUAGAGAGUGCAAAUAUAGGUUUGAAAGGUCUUUAGAUAUAGUUAGCAGAAAGAUAACAACAGUUGCAGAGGUCAUGUAUAGGUGGGCAAGUACUGUCCUAGUGCCCGCAGAUAGGAACUACACACGUGUAAACCAGAAACUUGCUGCAUAUGCAUCAUGGUUUGUUGGAUGCAUAGGUGCUAUAGAUGGCACGCACAUAGAGAUUGAGGUUAACCGUGAAGCAAAGGCCGAUUUCUUCAAUAGGAAAGGCAAAACAACAAUUAAUGUUUGCGCCAUCGUGGAUAUGGAUGGCCAUUUCACAUACGUGGGGGCCGAGAAGGCAAGGGCAUGUCAUGACAUGGCGGUGUUGAAAGACUAUCAGGACGACGGCCGGUACUACCUAGCGAACAUGGGUUACAUAGAUAUGCCAGGUUACAUGACUCCCUUCAGAAACACAAGGUAUCAUAUGAACGAUUUUAGGGGUGUAGAGUUUCAUCGGUUGCAGCGGGAGGAAAAAUUCAACUACAUUCAUGCGAAGUUGCAAAAUGUCAUUAAAAGGAGGUUUGGGGGCUUGAAAGAAUGUUGGCAUAUUCUGAAUGGGGUGCCAUACUGCAAGAGGAAGAAGCAGGAUAUGAUAGUCAUUUCAUGCUUUGCUUUAGAAAAUUACUUGUGGAUGCUUAAGUAUGGAGCUGAUCCACCUUCGUAUGAACUGCCGGAGUGGGUUGAGCUAAAUCAGGGAACCCCAAUCUUUGGAGUUAGGGAGUUGAUAUCUAUGGUUGUGUGGAGUGGUAUCUGA